ACGUCAUUUGGGGGUGGGGGACGGCCUCCAAGAGCCCGGAGCGGCACAACCAUUUGGUUCCUUUGUCUGCAGCAAAAUCAUUCUCAGAAGGGAGACCCGGGAGAGGGGAUUGAUGCAGGAUCCUGCCUAGGACGGCCGAGGUCGGAGCAGCAGGACUCUCACCCCAGUAGGCCUUCGGGGCUGGAGCUAAGAGACUGGCUCAGCCCAAGUUUCGGUUCCUGGGGAAGGAGGGGGAGCUCCAAUGGGGGGCUGUUUAAACAUAGAACUUGCCUCGGAUCUCGGAAGAGAAAAACUCCAUCGUCCAAAGAAUGUUCAUCCAACAGGCAUUGGGCGCCCGGGGCCAGGAGGGUUCCCAGAGGGGGAAAACACUGUCUUGGCCCUCUGGGAGCUCAGAGUCCAACCGGGGAAACAAAGUCUGCUGCUGGGGAGCCAUGGGAAAACAGAACAGCCCUGAGGAUGGAUAAGGGUGCAGUUGUGCUCCACAGAGGGAGAAUGGGGGGGUGUUCACAGGAGGGUGGUGCCCAUGGGAUGGGAUGGUCCAGGAGGGCUUCAAGGAGGGGGUGGCGCAAGAACUGGAGACUCGCUUCAAGUAUUUGGAUGGGCAGAUGGAAUUGGGGAGGGGUCGGAGAAAGGAUGGACUCUGGUAAUGUGAUCUUGCCCCCAGACCUGGUGACAAAAUGGCCCCAGGGGUGCCCCGUGUCCUACUGUUGCUCCUGCCUCUCCUGAAGGCCCCACCUAACACGGCCCUCUCGGCGCUGGUCCAGGCUGCCUUCCUGGAGGAUAACGGAGGCAGCGGAGAGAUGGAGGGCUCCUCGGCCUCGUCGCCCAGCCUCGCCCCGCCGCGGAGCCCGGCCUUCAGCCCCACGUCGGUGGGGCCGCCGCCCACGGCCCUGGCAGGGCCCUCGCCCCCCACCAACUUCCUGGACGGGAUCGUGGAUUUCUUCCGAGAGUACAUGCUGCUCAUCUCGGUGGUGGGCUCCCUGGCCUUCGUGCUGCUCUUCAUCAUCUGCGCCGCCGUCAUCGUCCGCCAGAAGCACAAGGCCUCGGCCUACUACCCGUCCUCCUUCCCCAAGAAGAAGUACGUGGAUCAGCGCGACAGGACGGGCGGCCCCCGGGCCUUCAGCGAGGUUCCCGACAAGGCCCCCGACGCCCGGCCCGACGACCCGGCCCUGGACUCCUCCCGCCAGCUCCAGGCCGACAUCCUGGCCGCCACCCAGAACCUCAAGUCUCCCACCAAGGGGCCCCUGGCCAAUGGCGACGGAGGGAGGGCCGAGGAGAGGGAGGCAAAAGAGGAAGAGGAAGCCGCCCAAGCGGGGGAGGAAUCCCAAGGCCGGGGCACCCUCAGAGAGAAGGCAGAGGCCCCCUCGGGGGAGGCCGCAGAGCCGAGCUGUCCGGUGGGGGCCGAGGCCGCGGCGCAGGAGCCACCGACCGGCGGGAUGGACCGUGGCGAGCAGGAGGGAGCCCCCUCGGUCCCGCAGGAGUCCGCGGCGUCUGAGGGUCCCUGUGCCUGCAGCAGUCUCUCUCCAGAGGCCUAACGAGCCUGACUGCCUUCAGUGAACCAGGGCCACCCCCUCCUCCAGCACGAAGCAGCGCCCUGCCCGCUCGCUGGCCCCCAGACUCAUCCUCUCUCCCGGGGCCUGCAGGAGCCAGCCAGGAGGGUGGGCUCUGGGAGUCCGGAGGGCCUGGUGGACAUGGGCUCACCAGGCUUCCUCAGACUGUCCCCGCAGAGCCUCGAGCAUCCCGCCCCCACUGACCAGCCCGUCUAGCUGGUCCCACUCCAGCCAAGCAGCCCCCACCGAUCUCGGGGCUUCUCCUCUGGCCACCCCAGACACCCAGCCCAGAGCCAGAGUGGCCGUCAGAGCCCCGACGAUCCGAAGGGCCCGUCUCUCUCCUAGGACGUCUUCCACUUUAGCGGAGCCCAGAGGGUGCUCGCCGCCGGCUUUAAGGGCUUCCUCUUGCAAGGACGGUGCCUAAGAGACUGAAAACAAGGUGGAGGCAGAGCCAGGCCUGUGUUUUCUGCCAGCCACGGUCUCUGUUCUUCCCCCAAACACCCCUCGGGCAGCCCCUGGCGCUGCCACCCGGGGCUAGAGAUGGGUUUGAUUGGCCAGGAGCCAAGAGGCUUUUGGGGGAGGCCCUGGGAGCCCGUCGACGUAGGAGAGGCCAUCAGGGAUUCCUUCCUUUCCCCUAAGAGGCCUGGCUUGAAGCCCCCUGGAGGAAGCAGGACCAGAGCUGGACCUUGGAAGGCAGCCGCAGAAAAGAGAGACCAGGGCCUGGGGCCGCUGGACCGGGUGGCCAGACUCGAGCUGUGGCGGGGGCUCAGGGACUCUCCUCCCGGAAGACGCAGACCUCUACCCAAACAGAUGACUGGUCCGGCCUCUGAAAGGCCACCGCAUGACGUGACGGGGAACAUGUCCCCCGUCUAAACUAGAGCAGGCAGGGUGAGCUCAGGGUCUCUUUCUUCCUUUUGCAAUCGAUCCCACUUGUGCCCUGGGUUUCGAGGCGGGGCAAGGCAAGGCGCUGAAUUCCCGACACCCCACAAUUUGAGUUUCGCUGCCCGUGUCCUUGGUGCCUCAGGGAUUGGGCUAGAGAGUUAGAUGGCCUGCUUCAGAGAUGGGGAGCAGGACCCCACCCAUGCCAGGAUCCUCGAGGCCCCCAUCCCCGGUACCCCAGGAAAGACAAGACGGAGUGGGCUAUCCCAGCCAGCAAUAAUAAUGAUGACAAACUAAUAAAACUUUGAUCUGGUGUGA